AGAUGGAUCUGAUGAGCCGCAGGAACCGACACAUGAGCUCUUUGCAGGAGGAGAAGAGAGUGCUGCUGCUCAAAGUGCAGAGCCUGGAAAAUGUUCAGAAAGAGCUGGACCUCCAGCUGAGUGAAGCUGAAGCGAUGACGGAGUCUCUGAGAGCCGAGGGUCUGUUUGUCAGUCAGAAGCCUCUCACUGACAGCACCUGUCUCAGGCUGAGGCAGGAGCUGGAGAUGCAUAAAGAAGGAGAGCCGGAGCUUCUGAGAGAGACUCUACGAUCAGAGAUACACUUCCUGAAGUCGCAGAAGCUGGACAGCAGCCAGGAGAGCGAGCCGCGAUGAGGAUGAUACAGGUUAUAUUGGUUCUUCUGGUAAAAACAAACAUGAAUAUGAAUAGACAGGAGUUAAGGGAAGACAGAGGACAGGAAGGAACAAACACAGAGAUAAUAAACCGUAAUAAGUUACAUGAAAAGAGCAAAUUCCUUUCUGUGCAUGACCUCAGGGUUGAAACCGGUUUCUUUUCCAAGCUUAUAUACAAUGUGCCGAUCUGUUUAUACCUUUGCUUCAGUCAUAAAUAUUCCUUUUUACAUGUUAUUUAUUGGAACAUGACUAACAAAUACAUAAGGGAGGUAUUCACAAAGUGGUGGUGUACUGCCCUCUAGUGGACAAAGUGCAACAUUGCUAUACACACUGGAUUUAAAUAGCAUCAACAUUGAAUUUAAUCCAAAAUAGCAUGAUAGGAAAAGGCAACCAACAUUAUACUUUCUGAUUCAUUUAAUGAAAUAACUGAUAUGGUAUUUAGGGUAAAAAAACCUUUAAAAUAUGCUGUAAAAUUAAAGCCAACACUAUUUUUUGACUUUCAAUCAAUAAUCUGGCUAGAGAAGUUAACACUUUAAAGGGGACCUAUCAUCCAAAAUGCACUCUUUGAUGUCUCUUAUACAUCAAUGUGUCCCCGGUGUGUCGGGGAACUCACGCAGCGUCAGGAAAUAAAACCCUCUCUCUUUUCCUCCGUACUAAAA